UAUGUGCAUCCGGAACCCACGGAAGCAGCCCUCUCCCAACUGCUCACCGUGCUGCGUGACAGUCACCUGCCCUCGCAGGAGCAGCGACCGCGUCUGGCCAGUUGGCUUUCCUUGGCGGCAGAGGAACUGAAACACGUAAGUACUGCACGCAUGGUUUAG